CCUAGGCAGGGAGGCCGAGUAGAUCGCUCGCUUCGUGGCUCGAAUCGAAUCGGUGACGGCGAGAGGAGGGAGGAGGAGGAGGCGACGGGAGGAGGAAGAAGAAGAAGAUGAAGGUUCGCGCGUCGGUGAAGCGGCUGUGCGCGUACUGCAAGGUGGUGAAGCGCAGGGGCAUCGUGUUCAUCCAGUGCAAGGCCAACGCCAAGCACAAGCAGCGCCAGGGCUUCUCCACGCUCGCCGAGGCCGCCGCCGCCUGCCACCCCCCACCUCCGCCGCUGCUCACCAACACAUCCCCGGCUGUCGCCGCCGCCGUUGCGGAGGCCUCGAAGGUUGCUAAGCAAGAGCCGUCUAUGAAGUUUAAUUGGCCUCUGGGUUUAGCUGCUCUGCUCAAGAACAGCGAUAAAUAAUGUAUCUGCUAUUUCUGCAUGAAUCCUAGCUUCUUGAUAUUUUGGUACUAUGUGUAAGAUUUUAGUUAAAGAACCAACAAAGUUUGUGUAUCUGCAGUCAUCAGCUGAACUGAUCUUGUGAUGGAAUAACACAUACCUACACUUUUACUCUGUUGUCUCAAAAAAAAUGUUUGCUUUGUUCUGUUUUUA